GUUGGCUGGAGAAUGAUAAUUUUCCCGGAGUUUUAGUUAAAAAAUAGAAAGCAUUCCAUUGGCCAAGGCGUAGAAGAAAUCUAACCCUGAUGUCUACACACAGUGGAAAAGAUCCCCUGAGAUGUUUAAAGGAUUCACCCCCAGGUCAGGAGUCCCUCCACAGUGUUUUGAAUGCUGUGCCUCGAGGGCUGACAGUUGGUCCAUCCUUGGCAAAUAAUGGCCGCUUAGGAUUGUGGUGUGUUGGACGCGCCCUGCAGAAAGGUGCCCUCUUAGGCCUACAGGAAGACCAAGCAAAACACCCAGAAACACAAGAGAGCGGGUUAGAGGAGCCAUGCACAGCUGUAGCCAGUGGACCUUGUGGGGACAAGAGUUACUGGAUUAGGUUUGCCUGCAUUGCAAGGAGUAAAGAGAAGCAGAAUGUAAGUGUCCACGAGGUGGGUGGCAGGCUCUGCCUCAGGGCUUGUGAGGAUAUCAGUCCAGGAACAGAGCUGCUUCUCUGGCUGGAGGACCAGCAAUGUUCUACUGAACCACUGAAGCAAGACACAAGCCAGGAGGUGGAAAUCACACCAAAAGGCAGGCUUCUUGAAGAGGAAACAAUUCUUGAGAACAAAUUGAACCAAUCUGAGGAGGACACCGCCACGGAGCAGCUUCCAGACCUCAAACAAAGUCCGUCAGAGCACAUCAUGGUUCCAGACAUAACCAACAUUUCUCAAGAGCCUUCAGGAGAAGGAGAGGUGAAAAGCAUGCUACAGACUCAAAUCAAAAGAAGAAAACCUCAGAUCUUUAGAAUGAAGAAGAAACCCUUGAGGAGCCCUGAAACACGUGGCCCUAAACAAAAUGAGCAAAAUGGGGGUGGAGACAACUGGCAGGUGAACAAUACAACCAGUGAUUAUCCCCAGCAGUCCAGUGUGCUUCAAAAUGAGAGUGAACAAACACAAAAUAUGGGGGAAGAUUGUGAGGAUAGCAAAAAGACAGAAGAUCAAGGAGCAGGGGCAUCCAGGGCCAGCUCUCGUCUAGCUGCCAAACCCAGAAAGGUUCACACACUCGUGAGCCGUAUACAGAAGCGACUACAGGAGCGUAAGAUGAGGGUCCUGGAGCAGCAAGUGGAGGAGCAGAGCCCAUCUGAGGAAAGCGCUGUGGAAGCCUCAUCAGAAGGUGCGGAGAAUAGACAGUCCACCCGAGAUGCAGGCCCUGGACAAAAGGAGGAGAUCCAUCACUUUGUGAUACAGCAAAAUACAUAUGACUUCCUCAAGGGCAUUUAUUUAGGGGGGCAGGGAGCCUCACAAGGUAACUUUAUGCCAGUCCCAGAGCUCUUCCACUUUGAUACCAGGGAGAGACGGUAUAAAUGUGAUGAGUGUGACAAAAGUUUCUUCCAACUGUGCCACCUGAAGAAGCACAAGUUUACUCACUCGGACCUGAAACCUUACCUAUGUACAGAGUGCGGAAAGAACUACAGUUCACAGGAAAGCUUCCGUGCACACCUCUUGAUGCACAAGGGUGAGAGGCCCUUCAAAUGCCAGCAGUGUGACAAGAGCUAUGGCCUGAAGCGAGAUCUGAAGGAGCAUGAGGUUCUUCACACAGGUGAGCGGCCCUUUGUGUGUGACAUCUGCGGUAAGGCCUUUGCCCGCCGGCCAUCCUUGCGUAUCCACCGCGAGGCCCACCGGGCAAGGGAGACCGGUAUCCGUGCAGCUAAGAUCAAGUGCCCUGUAUGUGGUAAGGAGCUAGCGAACUCAGGCUCUCUGAGGAAUCAUAUGCGACUACACACUGGUGAACGGCCCCAUCCCUGCCCCCACUGUGGCAAGACCUUCCGACAACGUGGCAACUUGCUUGGCCACCUACGCAUCCACACUGGGGAGAAGCCCUUCAAGUGUGACCACUGUGAUCGGCGCUUCUCACAGGCACCAGAGCUGAGGCGCCACCUUAUCUCACACACAGGAGAGGCCUACCUCUGCCCUGUUUGUGGCAAGGCUCUCCGGGACCCCCAUACAUUGCGGGCUCAUGAGCUCCUGCACACAGGGGAACGACCCCACACAUGUGAGGUGUGCGGGAAGGGCUACACCUUGGCUACCAAACUUCGCCGUCAUCAGAAGUCCCACCUGGAGGAGAAACCCUACAAGUGCCCAACUUGUGGUGCCGGGUACACAUUGAUGCAGAGCCUAGUCCGCCACCAGCUUGUCCACAAGAGGAAAGAGGAGAAGGUUGCGGGAGAGUUGGCUGAGGCCCUGGCAGCCCUAGAACCUGGCCAUCCUGCCCCAAUGAAGGGAAGACCAAGGAAGGGAUCCCAGAAGGCAGGCACAAGGUCCAGAGCACACCAGUGGGAGGCUGUGGAGUCCUCAGAGGAGCAGACAGUGGUAUACGUUCAAGACAUUGAAAACCUGACUGUGGAACCAACUUCAGAGGAGGUCGUCAUCAGCACUGCUGGACCAUUCCACGACAGGGCAGCCUUCACACCAGAGCAUGUUGUCCACAAGGUGGUGGGAACAACCACUGAACUCACCCCAACGGUGCAGGGUCAGGAGUGCAUACAGCUCAAUGAGGAUGUCAUAGAGAUCAUUGUCUCAGAUUCUACUGAGAAGUGCAUAAUAGUGGAGGAGCAGAAGGUGCACAGCAAUGUGGUUAUACUGCAGGGAGAUGAUGGGUUGAGUUCAGUGGCAGAGACUAUUGAGAUAUAAGUAGGAGCUUUGCCCUGCAUCAGUCCCACUGUCAUGUUGUGUUUUUGAAUGAUUGACUACAUGCUGAAAUUAUGAUAUUUUCACUACUGACAAAAAGGAUAUUCAAUGAUAAAUGAACACUUAGCCUAAGAAACUUGUUGGUAGAAC